GAUCGCCAGGAGCAGGGUUGGGCACCCCUGGUAUAGAGUAAUCAUAUUUUCUGACCAGAAAUCAUCUUAUUUUCUUUAUAAAUAACAUACCAAUACAAACAAUCAAACAAUAAAUAAUUGUACGAUGUGUCAUGGUGCGGUAAGGGAACACUGUGUAAACAGGGGUCUGGGUCCAAAUGUAGGUUUAUUUGCAAAACAAAAACAGACUAAGCAAAACCGAAACAGAUCAACAAGAUCUGAAAAACAACUCAAACAAGAACAGGACUGGGACACAAAUACAGCAACAGGAGGUGCUUGCAUCAACCAAAACCUUCAACAAAUAAUUAAUAAGCCAGACAGAGUAGCGGGAGUGUGGUGUAUAAAUAGUCCUUGAUAAUGGGGAACAGCUGAGGGUGUAAUAAGUGACAGGUGUGUGGUCUUUUUAGCAAAAUUACAUGACCCCUUUAAACUGCUCUAAAAAUAAAUUGACAGCAUUGACAUUGACAAGGUAGUGUGUCCCAAAACUUGCAUACUCUUCUGUUACACACUCAAAAGUGUGUACUUUUUUUCACAAGUAGGCAAAUGCAGCAAGUGUCUCCUGAGUUAAACAGUUUAGAAACAUACACAGAUAUAGAAAGGCUGGCAUGGUAGCUAAAGGUUCCAGAUUUAAAUGACCAUAAUGAUGCCUGUGUAGCUUUUUAACUUUGGUUGGGACGAUGCUAUUUUGUGAUAGGAGACAUACACUGCCUGGCCAAAACUGUCAUCUAGAUUUAACCACAAGCCCUGUGAAUGUGAGCAUGACUGUGGAUGUCGUCCCUGUCGCUGGACGCCUUGAGGUUACCUUGGCAACCUGUACAACUUCUAGAACGAAGCCUGCUGCCGAGGUGUCAUGGAAUUUGGGUGCUUUAUCUGAUACUGUGAAGAUAACAACAAACACUGUGAAACAUUUAGAUGGGACGUUCACAGUCACAAGCAGUCUGAUUGCCACUCCAACUGUACAGAUGAAUCAACAACAUGUCCAGUGUUUGAUCAGACAUGUUUCAAUGAAAGAGGAACUGCAAGUUGAUCACAAGAUCAUUGUGCACUAUCCACCUCAGCUGGUCUUUGUGACACCUUUCAAGGAUCUCUCUAAUGCUGAGGGGUAUCAGUGUGAGGCAGAUGCCAAUCCUUCAGCUACACACUUCAGCUGGCACAGCACACACCAGACUAUCCCUAAUGAUGCCAUUAAAGCAGAAGGAAAUAAACUCUACUUCUUGAAACUGACGUCUGACCUCAGUGGCCUGUAUAUCUGUGAGGCUUCAAAUGAGUAUGGUAAAGGAAUCGGCUCACUUUACUGGCAAAAAGGAGAAAAGCCAGAAGACAUUCAUUCUGAGCUCUGAGUCCUUUAUACUGGAUGAAAUUUUAAUAUUUUCUCAGUGUCAUCAAAGUCCCUUUAAGGAAAUUCAGGAAUAAAAGCUGGCAACAAUUAUAUUAUGCUUCUUAAAUUCAAGUCACACUAAAAUCUAUCUUUUUCAGGCAGGCCAAGAUGCAAAUUUAAUUCACAGUGGAUAUCAACAAGGUAACUUUUAACUGAAAGGGAUGAUAACAUAUUGCCAUACUUAGCAUUGUGCUUUCUCCCAUCUAUGUAUGAGUGGACCAGCUGCCUUGCAUAGUCUCUGAAUUUUAUAUUUUAUUAACUUAUUUGUUGCCAGUGACUUUUUUUUAAUACAAUACAAAAAUAUAUUCAUAAUAUUUAUAUUAGCAGAUAUAGAAAAAUAUGAAUUUCAGAAUGCCUUAGUUUUAGGGUUGUUAAACUUUAUUUAUAUUUGUCAUUAAGAAACAUGGACAAACAUUAAUAGACAAACAGUCAGAACAACUUCAUGAAUGCAAUUAUUGGUCUCCUUUCUUGAUUUGAGGUAGGAAAAAGUAUAUUUAAAAAAAUAAAAGUUAUGCCUGAAUUGAAGUCAAAUGGGUUGCAAUAUAAGUAUUCACACAUGUACUUCUUUACAUAUACUUAUAUAUUAAUUUAUACAUAUAUAGACAUAUAAUUAUCAAUCAAAGUGUAUCCAAAUAUUCAUACAUGUAUUAGAUAGGUAUGAGUACACAUAAUCCCUUCCCCCAUUCAUAAACAAAUGUGUCUCUCCUCAUUUUGUUUUGACUUUCAAAAGUCUCUCCUUGCAAUCUCAGUUUAAAUAUCAGUGUUUCCAUAUGCUAUAUCUCUGUCACAAUCUGUUCCUAUUGUAUUUUCCUUUUGCAAUUUGCUGAAGCCAUAGAUGGGUGAUGGCAAAAAAUCCCAGGUAUAGAAUAAAACCCAUAUCUUCUA